AGGCUGCGGCUGCCUCUGACACUGAGAGGCUGUGAGACCUCGCCACGGGUUGCCCCUCUUGCCGGCCGCUCGCCGCAGCGCUCGCCGGCCAGUCGCUGCCGCCCGCUAUAUCGGCCUUCCGUUUCCUUAAUCUUGCAGAAUCCAUGGCGUGGGGAGGUCUCUUCCUGAGCCUGAGCCACCCCACACCGGAGCAGCAGAAGUCGUGCCUCGCGGCUGCCAGCGGUUUCAACUACGACGCGGACCUCCACGGCGCCACAAACCCGAAAUCACCAACCGCAUUAACAAACUCUGAAGACACGGACAAAGCGCUUGCGAACCGUGGCUUCUCCGUGAACCGGUCGCGCGUCCUCGUAGGCUCCGGCGCCGACGCCUUCCGCCACGCCAAGUCGGCCCUCCUCUCGUGGAAGCACCUGGCCCUGGGGUGGGCAGAGGCGGAGCCGGGCACGCCGGUGAAACCCGGCGCGAGGUUCUGCAUCUGCUACAAGGAGGUGGUGCCCUGGGUGAUGUUCCCGCUGCAGAUCGCCUACGUCACCGACGACGACUGCAAUGGCGGCAAGCGCGGGAAAGGCGGUGACGGCGGCGUGUUCGCGUUCGGCAGCGGCACCCUGCAGGGCCAUCUGCUGGCCGGGGAGGAGCGGUUCUCGGUGGAGGUGGACGCAGAGGAGCGGGUGUGGUACGAGGUGGUGUCCUUCUCCAAGCCGGCGCACCCGCUGUCGGCGCUGUGUUACCCCUACGUGCGGCUCCGGCAGAGGCACUUCGCGCGGGAGUCCGGCAAGGCGGUGCUCAGGCACGUCGCUGCCGCGGCCUGCUCGUCAACAACGCCGCCGCCGAUGCAGUGAUCAUCGACGUCCUUUCUGCUCCAUUCUGCUUCCGUUGGACGAUGUAUACAUACAUGUGGGGGCAUGUGGAGAAAGAUGGCAGGUUGCUCUCGUCUCGUGGUACCUGUAGCAGCGUAGGCGCUCCUGAACUGACUCGAUGUUUUUGCACCCGAGCUCGUUAAAAUGAGCUCAGGUGAACAGUAAAUUCGAAAAGUAUUGUAAAAAUGUUCAAAAAGUUCUGAUUCUUUUUUGGAAAAACUUUGACAAAUGUUA